GGCGGAUCCCAGCGAAGGAGAUAUUGUGGAUCUGUUACAGGCGCUUGUUCAGUAAGACAUUUCGACAUAGAGUAAACGCGAGUCACUUUGGCCUUUUUUGUUGUUGAACUUUAACUUUUACGAGCUGUAUUUUGGACCCCGUUUUGAUGAAUUUAAACUUUUUGUCUUAUCUUUUACGUCAAUACCGCGGUUAAAGUAGGCCUACGUAUCUCAAAUCGACCACCAUCUUGACCCUCAGUGCACAGUAAGGUGUCUCAGUGUUACUCUACACAUGGAGAAUUACAGGAUGAUAGUGGAAUUUUACUAGAAUUAUCCUGGCAGGAGACGAGCUGAUCGUUGUGAUGAAGGAUCGACUGGCUGAACUGACUGCUAGUAGGACACGAGGAGAGGAGGAUGUUGCAGUGGCAGUGGAAAGAGAUGGCUUCAUGGAGAGUUUUUUCAGAAGGGUGGAAGAAGUCAGAGGACUCAUUGAUAAGAUUUCCUACCAAGUUGGAGAGGUGAGGAAGAUGCACAGCAUGAUCCUGUCUGAACCCAACCCACAUGACAGAACAAAGGACCAACUGGAUGCUCUGACCAACGAUAUCAAAGGGAACGCAAACGUGGUGCGGACUAAACUAAAAUCCAUGGAGCAAAGUAUGCCUAAAGAUGAUGCAGCUAACAGGUCCUCUGUUGACUUCAGGAUACAGAAAACACAGCACACAGUUCUGGCCAGGAAGUUUGUGGAGGUCAUGACCCAGUACAAUGAGACUCAAGUGUCCUUUCGGGAAAGAAGCAAAGGAAGGAUCCAGAGACAGCUGGAGAUAACUGGAAGAGCAACCACCAAUGAAGAACUAGAGGCCAUGUUAGAAAGUGGAAAACCAUCAAUCUUCACAUCUGAUAUCAUCUCUGACUCCCAGAUCACUCGUCAAGCACUAAAUGAGAUAGAGUCUCGACACCAGGACAUCAUACGCCUGGAGACAAGCAUCAGAGAGCUGCAUACAAUGUUUAUGGACAUGGCAAUGCUGGUAGAAACUCAGGGGGAUAUGAUUAACAACAUUGAAAAGAAUGUUUCGAAUGCAGUGGAAUACAUAUGUAGCGCAAAGGAAGAGACCAAAAAAGCAGUGAGAUACCAGAAAAAAUCUCGGAGGAAAUACAUUAUCCUGGCCUUUGCUCUGUUGAUCCUGCUUGCUGUUAUUGCACUAAUUGUGGGCCUGUCUGUCGGACUAACCAAACCUCCUGUAUGAGAACUACUGCGUCAGAAACUUCUUGGCCUUGCCGUGUUUGGGGGCGUCGCAGGUUUCCUCCUUUUACUCAUCAUAAUAGUUGGAAUCUUUGAGUGAUGGACUUCAUGAGUCACACCCUCACAGCAGUCAGCUGUAGUAAGCUUGUGUUGAGAUUAAACAGCUUCAUAAUAAGUCACUCACUAUCCAACUGCUUUACAGAGAGGAUCUUGAAUAAUGUGGGGGAUUGACUUUGCACCAGUAAUAUCAGACCUCAUGGCACAAUGUUUUGGAGCAAUACUUUAUAACUAGAAUAAAGCAUUUUAUGAGCAGACAUCCCUUUCUCAUGGCUGUGCAGCUGCACCAUAUGAGAAAAAUAUGCAAUAUGCAAUAACACUGUUGAAUAUUGCAAUACUGAUAACACUUGCAAUAAGAAAAAUGAUAUGAAAUAGUACUUAUUCCUGAAAAAUAGAAAGAUAGUUACAGAAAGAAAUAACGCAGUCUUUGGCAAUGUUUGUAUAACAAGUUAAUAUCGCAAUGAUUAUUUAAAAAAUCACACUUGUGUACAAAUCUGAAGUCAGACUUAUACACAAGUGUACGUUCUUUAAUGCUGACAUUUUUAUGUGAAGUUUCAGACACUUCUUGGUAUAAUGACUUUAAAAUGACUUUUUAAAUGACAUUACAUUUUUAGAAAUACGCUUGUUUGCCUUCUUGCCCAGAGUUAGAUGAAAAUAUUUAUACCACUCAUGUCUGUUCAGUAAAUAUGAUGAUAUCACUAGCUCCCCAAUAGCUUAGCUUGAAGGCUUGAAACAGAAGCUCGCCUGGCUCAGCCAAAAGUAACAAAUGUGGCAUGUUGUGGGUUUACAGGGGGUUAUGUGCCAAAUUAUUUCUUGGCCUGGUGCAGUGACUUCAUAGUGUCAUUGUUAGGUUGCAAGGCAACUAGCGGAGGCUCCAUGAAGUCACUUCUCCUGGAACAUAGCCCCUCGUAAAAAACACAAUCUGUCACUUCUACACUUAUGUUUGUGUGCAGAUUAAACAAACAAGAUAUACUGUGGUAGUUUGUGAGCCCUGCAGAUGAGGUCAGCUGAUUUUGUUUACAAUAGCAAGAGCCAGAGUAGCUGUUUACUUUAACUCUCAUUCUUUGCACUAAGCUAAGGUAACCAGCUGGCUGCAGACUCACCGUUAUCAUAUAGUGAUGAUGAUAGUGGUCUCAUAUUUUUCUUGACCAGAAAUGUUUUGUGAACGGCGAGCAUCUUCUCAAUAUAAAAAAUAUAUAUUAUGACAAUUGUCUGUGUAAGUUGAUUGUAUAACUUCUUUUUACAUCUUCAAGUGUAUGUUCCUCAUGUUAUCCUGUCCUCUUGUGUAUUUAAUGAAUUUAUGCGAAUCAAAUGUCUAUCUACUACAGCUCAGGAGAAAAAGAAAAUAGUAACUUUACCUUAAGAAGAAAGAAUAUAUUUAUCAUGCUAACCGUGUGUAAUGACUGAAAUAUAAUUUGUGAAAAAAGUCAUGCUACAACGUAGGACUUUUGGAUGAUGUUAUUUCAAGAGCACACAUCUUAAUUUUGAUACAUUUAAUUAUUUUGUAUUUGUUUCUAAAUUAUAUCUUGUAUUUUAUAUUGAAACUGAAUAAUGAAGUCAUGCAAUAAAAUAUAAAGACAAAAGAAUA